AUGCAUACUUCUACAGGUGGAGGUCAUGAUGCUCUGUCUAAGCGACGAGCUCAAUUUGCUGGACCGUCAGGCAUCAAAGGGUUGAUCCAAAACUCGCGAAUCUUCUUACUCGCUGUCUUUGCAUCACUUGGAGGUUUCGUCUAUGGCUACAACCAAGGAAUGUUCGGACAGGUCCUCAACAUGUCGGCCUUCAAGGCGACCGUCAAUCCAGAAUCUAUCAAAAACACUACCACCAGAGGUCUCUUGACUGCCAUCCUCGAACUCGGUGCAUGGGUCGGUGUCUUGAUCAACGGAUACAAUGCAGACAAGUUUGGUCGCAAGAUGGCAACACAGAUUGGUGUCGGUGUCUUCAUCGUUGGUGUCAUCGUUCAGGCUUGCGCAAAGAAUGUCGACUACAUAUACGGUGGAAGAUUUGUUACAGGUCUCGGUGUUGGUAUCCUCUCUAUGAUUGUACCUCUUUACAAUGCUGAGCUUGCACCUGCAGAGAUCAGAGGUUCGCUCGUAUCUCUUCAACAGCUCGCCAUCUGCACAGGCAUCAUGAUUAGUUACUGGAUUGGAUACGGCACAAACUACAUCGGUGGUACUGGCGCUAGUCAGUCUAAUGCUGCAUGGCUAGUGCCAAUCUGUAUUCAGAUUCUACCUGCCCUCAUCCUCGGCAUUGGUAUUUUGUGGCUCCCCCAAAGCCCACGCUGGCUCGUCUCAAACGACCAAGAAGAUCAAGCAUUGAAAGUGCUUGCCGACAUCAGAAGAGCCCCACAAGACAGCGAGGUUGUACAACUUGAGUUCUUGGAGAUUAAGGCACAGCACAUGUUCGAGGUCGACAGAUCGAGAGCCAAGUUCCCCCAGUACCAAUCCGGAACUCUUAAGGACAACUUCUUGCUUGGGCUACACGAUUAUGCCAGUCUGUUUACCAACAAGUCGCUGAGAAAGAGAGUCUUCGUCGCCGUUUUCACCAUGGUUUUCCAACAGUGGUCUGGUAUCAACGCCAUCUUGUACUACGCCGCCUUCAUUUUCCAAUACUUGGGUCUUACUGGCAACACCACAUCGCUCCUUGCCAGUGGAGUCGGUGGUAUUCUUCUUAUGCUUGCCACUAUCCCCGCCGUUCUCUACAUUGAUCAGUUUGGUCGCAAGCCCGUCCUCAUCGCGGGUGCUAUCGGCAUGGGAAUUUCCCACAUCAUUGUCGCUGGUCUAUACGGUGCUUACGGACCAACAUGGACAGGAAAAGCGGCCGCGGGCUGGGUAGCUGUGGUCUUCGUGUGGAUUUACGAGAUCAAUUUUGGCUACUCUUGGGGACCUGGAGCAUGGGUUCUUGUCGCUGAAGUCUUCCCUCUCGGUGUUAGAGCUAAGGGUAUCUCUAUCGGUGCCUCCUCAAACUGGCUGAACAACUUCGCUAUCGGACAAGCCACACCGGCCAUGGUGAAACAUAUGACAUAUGGUACCUUUAUCUUCUUCGGUAUUGUCUGCUUCCUCGCCGCAGCCUUUAUCUACUUCAUGGUUCCUGAGACAAAGGGUUUGACGCUUGAGGAGAUGGACGAGGUCUUUGGUGAUGAAGCUGGUAACGCCGCUGAUGAUCGUGCAAGAUUGGACAGAAUAUACACUCAGCUGGGCUUGAUGGACGGAGGUGACCACCCGAUGAAUAGCGAGAAGGCAGCCGCUGCGGAUGUCAUGGUCACUGGAGGUUACAAGAACACAACCUUCAACUAGGCUGGCUGUUGAAAGUGGCUCGCAAGAUGGGAGACGUGUCUGCUGGGACAUUCUCUAGAGAUUCAAUCAUCUGUGUAUAGAGCCACCAGAAUGCUCAUGAUACGAAU